UAUUCAAUUACCAUCAGUUCAAGACGUCUGCAGGACAGUAGCUUUGAUCAUUUCUUUUAACGCAAUAUGGCUAAGAUUCAAUUUUAUGUAAGAGUUAUACUCUUGAUUGGAACUUUUUAUUUAUUUGAAUUCGGCAGCGGACAAGGACAACGUUACAUUGGCAACGCAGUUCAUAAAGAUUAUCCGGGAAUGUGCUUUUAUAAUGACACUCAAACACCAAUAGAAAUCGGUUCAACUUUUAGACCAACAUCUGAAUGCGUAGAAAUAAAAUGUAGAGAGGACUUUACGCUCCAGUUAUUAUAUUGCCCGUAUUACAAUAUUGGCAAAGGUUGUAAGGUGACAAUUAAUAAAGGUGUAGAGUUCCCUGAAUGUUGCGUUAAAAUUACUUGUCCAAACAAGUUCCCAUAAUAAAGUCAAACGAUUUAAAAAAAAACUUUCAUAAAAGCUGUAUUUAUUUGGCAUUGCUAUCCGUAUCCGCAGACCGCAGUUGCCGUUUUUAUCAACUAAGCUGCGGAUAAAAUUUUGAAGAAGUGUAUAAGAUAAGUUUACGUUUCCCUUUCUCUUGGUGCAUGCAUAUACAUUUUUGUUCAGUGUUGAUAUUUGAGAAAUCCGACUGUGGAUAGCUUUGACAAAAUAACACGCCUCAUGUUUAUUGAUGUCGAAGUUAUAUAAAUAUAUAUGGUAUUUUUUUUACUGAGAGAUCCAUUUCAGUUGGAUUUCAUCUUAAACACAAUCUGAAAUAAAUUCAUGAAAAUUUCACAAAUUGAUCCCUAUGAUACUUUCAACUUGUUUUUUAUUUGGACGAUUUUUAUACUUCCCAAAUGAGUAUCCAAUUUUUUCUUUUUUAAUUUUCGAAAUUAGAAUUUUACUACUUAGGGGAACAGUGGAG